CACACACUCAACACACACACACGUAUUAGUCUGCGUGCGCAUAGAUAUCAUCCUCCACACUAUAUUAUCCGGAUAUAGCCAGAUAUAUACAUAUCUACCACAAUGGACGCCAUCGUAGAGACUCAAGCCAACAACGAGGUCGAGGAUGAUCUGUACAACGAUGCCAUCGAGGCUGAAGAGGAGGUCGGAGAAGAGCUUCCCGCAGAGGAGGCUGAGGGUGUAGAUGCCAACGAGCAGGUGGGAACUGGAGAGGAUCUCAUCGAUGCAGCGCAAAGCAAAGCAUUGAACACAGAGAAUGAUCCCAAUGCGAACCAAGAGAAUACAAGCCAAAAGCCGGAAAGUGAUGGCACCGAGGGAAAAAUGUUUAUCGGUGGCCUUAGUUGGAAUACUACGAAGGAGACACUACAAAGCUACUUUGGAAAAUACGGCGAGAUUGUCGAUUCCGUUAUCAUGAUGACUCCAGGAGGAGAUCGCUCAAGAGGAUUUGGGUUCCUUACAUUCGCCGAUCCCAAGUCAGUUGAGAAAGUAAUGGGCGCUGGACCCCAUACCAUCGAUGAGCGCACAAUCGACCCCAAACCAGCCGUACCACAGAGAGCCAUCAGAAGAGACUCAGAACGACCUCUGAUCAAGACCAUGAAAAUUUUCGUGGGUGGACUUUCCCCGGAGACUACGGAGGAGAGCUUAACCACAUUCUUCGGCAAGUUCGGAAAGGUGGACGAUGUGGUGAUUAUGAAGGACAAGUUUACACAGAGGUUGAGAGGUUUUGGAUUCGUAAGCUUCACCGAAGCGAGUGUUGUAGACACAGUCGUUCAGAAGCAAUACUAUGAGGUGGAUGGCAAAGAGAUCGAGGUCAAAAAGGCCGAACCACGAAGCGACUCCAACCGACCCGGCGGCUUCCAAUCCGGUGGUCGCGGCGGCUACGGCGGUGGCUACGGCGGCAACCCCUCAUACGGCGGUAGCAGUCACGGCCAGAGAGGCGCAGGUGGGUACCAAAGUGGUGGAUAUGGAGGACAAUCCUCGUACGGGGGAGGUAAGUUCGGAGCGUCUAGUCGAGGCGGUAGCAGUUACGGCGGUGGUCGAGGUGGGCACCAGAACGGCGGUUCCAGUCGAGGUGGCGGCUAUGACUCGCGCGGAAGCAGAGGAGGAUACAACUCUGGCUACGACCAGUACGGACAACAGUCCGGUGGAGGUGGUUGGGGUGCCGAUCCCUACGCACAAGGUUCCAGUGGUGCGUACGGUGCCAGUGCCGGCGGCGGUGCCUGGGAUGGCUACGGCUACGGUGACCAGAGCGCCAGCAGUGGUUAUGGCAGAGGUGCAGCCGGUGGCGACUCUGCACGAGGCUCAACUGCUGGGUAUGGAGAUAGCUACGGCUACGAUCAGUAUGGUCAGGCUUCGACGGGAGGAUAUUCUCAGGGCGGCUAUGAUUCUUACGACGCCUCCGGUUACGCUGCGCAAGGUAGCGCCCAGGGAGCUUACGGUGCCGGCUACGGUGCGAGUGGUGGUUACGACGAUAAGUCCAGCGGAUACGGCGGCGGCAGCAGCACCUAUUCUAGUGGUGGAGGCCGUGGAGGAAGCUCGAGAGACUCCCGAUACAACCCCUACGGACGAUCAUAAGCGUGUUGUCACGAUAAGCUAUGCUACGAUUAUAACUAUGUUCUUGCAUAUAGCGCAAUGCAGCGCAGUUCUUUCGGCAAUACGGAGCACCCGGGGUAGAACGCCAUUUUUGGAGCUCCCCCCUAUCCCGUCGUAAACACUUAGAGAGCGAUAUCAGACGGAAACUGGUUAUGGAAUUACCUGACAUUAGGACGCCAGUAAGAAUAAAACCUGAUAUUAUGCAA